CCGACGACGGCUCCCUAUAAAUAACCGGCCCCUUCCACCGAAGCUCCGCUCCCAACCCCCUCUUUCUUUUUUUUCUCUGGUCAUUUCGCCUCUGACGAAUCCAACACACACCCAUUCCCCAAACGGCCAAGCCAAGCCAAGCCAAUCGCGCGCGGCGAUAGCAAGAAGCUAGCUAAAUCCGGAGGAGGAGGAGGAAGAGUCGCCGGCGAGCGAGCAGCAAUGCCUUACUGCGAGGUGGACCGGUACCAGAACGGCGAUAAGUCGGAGGGCGUCCGGCUCUUCUACCGCCGCUACGGCCGCGGCGCCACCAAGGUGCUCCUCAUCAUCGGAUUGGCGGGGACGCACGACUCGUGGGGCCCGCAGAUAAAGGGGCUGACCGGGUCACUGGAGCCCGCCGACGACGAGGCCCCGCGGGCGGACGAGGAGGCCGGCGCGGCGGAGGGGGAGCAGACCGGCGACGGCGACGGCAUCGAGGUCUGCUGCUUCGACAACCGCGGCGUCGGCCGCAGCUCCGUGCCCCCGCACAAAUCCUAUUACUCGACUGCGAUCAUGGCCAGGGACGCCUUGGCCUUGAUGGAUCAUUUGGGGUGGAAGAAAGCCCACGUGUUUGGCCACUCCAUGGGCGCGAUGAUUUCUUGCAAGCUAGCGGCGAUGGCGCCUCACCGGUUGUGCUCACUGGCAUUGCUUAAUGUCACCGGAGGUGGCUUUCAGUGCUUCCCAAAGGUAGAUGGGCAGAUGCUAUCUCUUGCAUUCCGUUUCUUAAGGGCAAGAACUCCAGAGCAAAGAGCUCUUGUGGACUUGGAAACCCACUAUACGAAGGAAUACCUAGAAGAGAGUGUUGGAUCGUGCACAAGGAGAAUGAUCCUCUAUCAGGAAUAUGUCAAGGGCAUAUCAUCGACAGGGAUGCAAUCUAACUGCGGUUUUGAAGGGCAAGUUAGUGCAUGCUGGACUCACAAAAUGACUACUAAAGAACUAGAUACAAUACGUUCUGCCGGUUUUCUAAUUUCAGUCAUUCACGGGAGGUAUGACAUUAUUGCACAAUUGUGCCAUGCAAGACGUCUUGCAGAGAGGCUUCUCCCUGCUGCUAGAAUGGUAGAACUUCAUGGAGCACAUCUAGUGAGCCAUGAAAGACCAAACGAGGUGAACAAUGCGCUUAUGGAUUUGAUAAAGGCCACCAAAUCUGCGAUGAAACCUGAAGAGUGGUCGUCCCAGCCAGAGAAUGCAUCAGAAACCGGAGCACUUAUUUCUGCAAGACCUAUUACCGUCACGAUGCGAACAGAUGAAGGUGCAAAUGCCGCCGUAGCAGUAUAUAACUUGCUUGGCAAGCUGCAACUAAGCUUUCUUUAUCUCAUAGGGGUGAUAGUGAUGGGGUUUGAGCACAUGAUGAACAUUGUAAGAGUAAUGAAGCCAGUAAGGGUUGCAGCAAUUGAGUCAUAACUCAUAAGAAACAACAUGUCAAUUAUUCUCGAAAUAGUGGGGGAGUCGAGAUGAUAAUUCAACUUCUCCCCAAUACCUCGGAGAUGAUUUUAGAAUAGCAUCUCCAAAAAAUGUGAAACUUUUCCGAGAAAACGCUUGCUCUUAGCAGAAUAAUACGACACGAGAACAUGGACGAUUCAUAGUGCACGCCUGGACAGAAGUGUCGCAGGGCACGGUUGUUGUAUGUACCUGUAAGAGUCUGUAACUUUUUUCUAUUUCACGGCCACAUGCCGCGCUGGUGCUGUCACCAUUCUCCUGUAUCAUACUGAGAUCAUAAAAUCGUUUCUUCGAUGCCUCUUUUC